AUGGUUUCGGAAAUCCGCAGAAGGUCUUUGUUUCACAGAAUUGCUGAUUCAAUUACAGGGUUUGUUCCAUCGUCGAUUUUACCGGCAAUUAAUGUUUCUCCUGCGAAAUCGGUUGACCCACUUAAAGAAGAUUUGAGAGCUAACCUCAAAAGGAUCAGUGGUGUUCUUGAUCAUUGUAAUGAACCAGGACCCAAGGAUAAAGCAUGGGGCUUUAAGGAACACAGCUUGAGAUAUACGAAUGUUGACCUUGAUGCAACAGAUAAAUCAGAAAGUGAAUGCAGCCUCCACUCCUUUUCUACGAGUGGAGUUUCAUCGUUAAUGCCUAAGUCGUGGGUAUUGGGAUGCAAAAGCGGCCAAAGUAGAUCUACGGCUCAACGUAUGGAAUUGUGCUCAGAUAGCUAUACGAACACAAUAGUGUGCAACUCAUUAAAAACAACCUGUUGUAAACAGUCACCUUCGUGCCAGACCUCCCGGAGUGACUUCAAAACAUAUCCUUAUCCCUUACCAAAACGCCAGCGCUUGUCCACAACACCGAACCUUAGUCCUUCAUGUACUUGGCGUUCUCGUUUAGGAACCACAUACGGGGGAGCUGCCAGUUGUCGUAAUGCUCGAGAGUUGUUCGAAUUUACUACGCCGUUAAAAUUUGACCUAUAUUCAGAUCGAAAUUCUCAACUUGGAAGUGCCCCAAGCGCUAAUUUGAGUUCCACUGCUCGGAGAAUUCUCGAGACGUUAGAAAAUCUUUCGGCUCCACUCACUUCAGGUUAUUUACAGUCUUCUGUACAAAGACAUGUGAAACAGGUCAAGACUCGUGUGAAAUCUCAUCGGUUUCCACCGUUCUUAAAAAGUUAUGAAAAAGUCGAUUCUCUUUGUAAAGAUUGCAAGUCGCAUUCAUUUUGUGAAAACGGAGUUAAAAAUCAUAUGCAGCCUCAUGUUUCAUCGAAGCCAGCAGUAUUUCCUGAGAGAUUGCAAAAACAGAGACAUGUCACUGUCGAAUGUUCAAUCUCAGAGACUUGUAAAUCAGGAGACAAAUUACUACCUGUAUACACGUUCGCAGAUCCAAUUCACAACUUUUCUCUGCAUGAUCGCAAAGCUGCUGUGUCACCUAUAGCUCACCAUGAAUAUCUUUUCAGCUGUCCAAGUCGUUCGUGUUCUAAAUGCUCGGCAGGUCUAAUUGGUUCGAAAUCUAACAUACAACAAAUCACUACUGAAAGUAAUUCCGUCAAAUCAAAAAUCACAGAAACUAAUACAUGGCGUUGUGAAACUUGUUUGUUGGAGAAUUCAGAGACAAGGGUUGCAUGUCAAGGCUGUUCCCUUCCAAAAUCAAAACCUCUGCAUGCAAAGGAUUUAUAUUAUGUAUUGUCUGCCCCAACGUCUGUACAUACAGUGGAAACAUCAGUAUCAAGCUUAUUAGCAGUCAAUAAUGAGGCUUCGCAAUGGGAGUGUCCUACGUGCAUGGUAUUCAAUGAACAAAAUGCGACCAAUUGCAUAUGCUGUCAAACUUUAAGGCCUACAAAUAUCUCGACAAGUGUGUGGGAUUGCCCCACUUGUUUGGUACAAAAUAACGAGAAAUCGGAUAAAUGCUGCUGUUGCUCUACAGGAAAACCAAAUAGUCACAUAACUACAAAUAACCCAAGCUUAUCUAAAUUAACUGGUCAACCGUCUGGUCAUUUUGAGUUCGGGUUUGGUGUUCGAGGUCCUGUUAAUUCGGUAAAGUUAGAAGCUUUUCUUUCGAAUGAUGUUCGUAAUUCGGAGCAAGAUCUUAAAGCUCAUCCCAAUAAGGAAAUGAAGUCUUUUGAUACACUCAGUAAAUCACCUCGAGGAAAACAAUCAGAACCAUCUAUUUGGGGUGGUUCUAUUUUGCAGACAAAUCAUACACCUCAACUCAAGUUGUCAUCUCAGUUUGGUAUUAUUAACAGCAACAAUGACUUCAAAGGUAUUAAACCGAGUAGUGCUACUAGUGUACGUUCGUCCUUGGAGCAAACUCAGUUGCUGAAUAGCAUCGGUUUUAGAUUCACAUCCACAACCGCUAAUAAUCUUGUUUCAGCCAACCCUAUAAAUUCAAGUGUUCAGAAAAAUAAUGCAUUAUUAUGCACAUCCAAUCCAGGCAAUUCGGCAGCAGUAAACGUAUAUACGCGUACUUCUCCUUUGACUUUCCCCAAUCACCGGGAAACAGGUGGAUUUAGUUUCGAUCCAGCUUUUAGAAUGAGUGGCGACACACUUUCAUUCACAACUUCGUCUCAACCUUCAAAUUUCAUAAAUUCAAACGAAGGCGCUCAAGAAAACAAAGAAAUCCGUAAAAAAGCUCAUGCAAUACGCCGUUUACGCCGAUGA